AUGUCGUCGUCCAAGGACGCUCCCCUGAGCCCUAGAUCCCAGCUGGCGCUCAGUUGCUUCGAGGAGCUCCUCGACUGCGCCGUGGCGGACGUCGCGUCGGAGUGCCACCGCAUCGCGCGCCUCGGCCUGGACCGCAGCGUCGACGCCGAGGAGGAGGAGCUCCGCGUCUGGGCGGCACGUGCGGCGGCUGCCGCCGCCGCCGGAGGCGACCACCACCACCACCCCGGUGGAGGCGGGGCCGCCGAGGAGGGCGGGAGCAAGGGCGGGGUCGACGUGUUCGGCCAGACGCACCCCGUCAUCGCCGCCGAUGUCGUCGAGUGUAUGAACUGCGGUCGCCCUGUCGUCGCCGGCCGCUUCGCCCCGCACCUCGAGAAAUGCAUGGGCAAGGGGCGGAGAGCUCGAACGAAAAUUACAAGGAGCAGUACAGCUGGGCGCACGAGAAGCAGCAAUGGCAGCGCUGCUACUUCCUACUCUCCAUACCCCACCACGGCAAACCCUAAUAGGGGGAGCAUCCCUAAUGGUGUGACUGACGGUGGCAGCGGCGGCGCAAGGGGAGAUUACAGCAACCAUGCGCCGUAG